GUUCUGGGCAGCCUGAGGAUGUGGGGGGCACCCAGCCCAUGGUGGGGGAGAGGUAGGGGGGGUCCUUUGGCAACACAAACCAUGGUGGGGUUCCAUAGUUCAGUGGUCAAGAAGGUCCUUUCCAACCCAACCAUUCUAUGUCUCUGUGCUCUACAAGGUCCUUUCCAACCCAACCAUUCUAUGUCUCUGUGCUCUACAAGGUCCUUUCCAACCCAGCCAUUCUAUGUCUCUGUGUUCUACAAGGUCCUUUCCAACCCAGCCAUUCUAUGUCUCUGUGUUCUACAAGGUCCUUUCCAACCCAGCCAUUCUAUGUCUCCGUGUUCUACAAGGUCCUUUCCAACCCAACCAUUCUAUGUCUCUGUGCUCUACAAGGUCCUUUCCAACCCAGCCAUUCUAUGUCUCUGUGCUCUACAAGGUCCUUUCCAACCCAGCCAUUCUAUGUCUCUGUGCUCUACAAGGUCCUUUCCAACCCAGCCAUUCUAUGUCUCUGUGCUCUACAAGGUCCUUUCCAACCCAACCAUUCUAUGUCUCUGUUCUACAAGGUCCUUUCCAACCCAACCAUUCUAUGUCUCUGUUCUACAAGGUCCUUUCCAACCCAGCCAUUCUAUGUCUCUGUGCUCUACAAGGUCCUUUCCAACCCAACCAUUCUAUGUCUCUGUUCUACAAGGUCCUUUCCAACCCAACCAUUCUAUGUCUCUGUGCUCUACAAGGUCCUUUCCAACCCAGCCAUUCUAUGUCUCUGUGCUCUACAAGGUCCUUUCUAACCCAGCCAUUCUAUGUCUCUGUGCUCUACAAGGUCCUUUCCAACCCAGCCGUUCUGUGAUUCUCAGCUCUGUAAUGCUUCUUCCAACUCAACCCAACCACUCUGUUGCUCUGUGUCCCAUAAGGACCCUUCCAACCCAACCAUUCUUUGAUUCUGAGCUUUAUAACGUUCCAACCCAGCCAUUCUAUAUCCCUAUGAUCUAUAAGGUCCUUUCCAACCCAACCAUUCCGUGAUUCUCAGCUCUGUAAUGUCCCUUCCAACUCAACCCAACCACUCUGUGCUCUGUAAUCUUAAAGGUCCCUUCCAACCCAACCACUCUGUGGCUCUGUGCUCCACAAGGGCUCUUCCAUCCCAGCCAUUCUAUGCUUCUAAGUUCUAUAAAGUCCCUUCCAUCCCAACCCAACCACUCUAUGGCUCUGUGUCCCAUAAGGUCCCUUCUAGCCCAACCAUUCUGUGGUUCUAAGCUCUAUAAUGUGUCUUCCAACCCAACCCUAAGCAUUCUAUGGCUCUGUGAUCCAUAAGGUCCCUCCCAACACAACCACUCUGUGAUUCUGAGCUUUAUAAUGUUCCUUCCAACCCAACCCAGCCAUUCUAUAUCCCUAUGAUCUAUAAGUUCGUUUGCUACCCAAGCAUUCCAUAAUUCUCAGCUCUGUAAUGUUUCUUCCAACUCAACCCAACCAUUCUAUGGCUCUGUGUCCCAUGAGGAUCCUUCCAACCCAACCAUUCUAUGCUUCUGAGUUCUAUAAAGUCCCUUCCAUCCCAACCCAACCACUCUAUAGCUCUGUGUCCCAUAACGUCCCUUUCAACCCAACCAUUCCGUGAUUCUCAGCUCUGUAAUGCUUCUUCCAACUCAACCCAACCACUCUAUAGCUCUGUGCUGUGCAAGGUCCCUUUC